AUGGACUGGCUCACGCAACGGUCGGUUAUUCAGUAUAUUGGGCCGAGUUCGAGAAAGUCGGCCGACACUUGUGGGUAUUGUAGAAACUCGGAAACACCAAUAGUUCACAGUGAGGAUUCAGAUGAUGACGCGGAUCCAAGUGAAAACCGGUCGAGAUGUUUUGGUAAGAACUGACGUUUUUGUUGUGUAUGAUGUUUAGAUACAUAAUACUCAAAAGAGGAAGGUUUAGAUAUGUAAUACGAAAAAAGUGUUAUAUUAUGAAGGCUGUCAAACCUCUGGGGCAUUCUUAAUGAUUUUUGGUUAUGUUGUCAUGGUUUAUAUAAUAUAUUUUGGGUGUUAACUGUGAAAAAUUAAAAUAUGUUGGCUGUUAUGAAGUAUAAAAUUUUUGAAUUUAAUUUAUGAUUGGUUUUUAAAAAAACUUAUCUUGUUUUAGGACUCGGCGCAAUACGCGUCUAUUCCCAUGAAGCUGAAGUCUUACUGAACACAGGUUGGAGCUGGUAAUUAUUUUGUUUGUUCAAAUACAGUGGGUUAUGUGUCAAAGUUUGUAAAAAAUUCUAAAAAUUGAAUUCGAGGGUCCCCAGAGGCUUGAACAGUCAUUCUUAAGCGAAACUAUAUUAAUAUAGAGCUCAAUUAUAUUAAUGUAGCCUUUUAAUUGCCAACUUUUCAGGCCUGUGGGGAUUUCGAAUGACUACAGAUGACUAUCAAGUUUUUUGUGAUAAUGGAUGGAGGAGGUUAGCGGAUUUUUGUUAAAAAUGUUUUUUGAAACUCAAAUUUUAGUUUUUGGAGAAAUAAAAUGACUUUUUGACUUAUUAUAAUAUAAUUUCAGGUCCGGGCGAUACCUCUACAAGCCUGAAAUGGAACGAACUUGUUGCCCUUUGUACACUAUUAGGUAAUAAUAGUCGAUAUUUUAAGAAAUUUUAAGUAUUAAGGUUGAAAAAAAGACUUGUUGUCAAUUUUCUCGAAUUUGCUGUGUCAAAAGCGACCUUUUAGUAUGUAUAAAAAUAAAAAUUUUAGACUAGACGCGCCGAAAUUUGCAUUAUCAAGGUCACAAAAACGGGUACUACGAAUCUGGAGAGAUUACUUACAAUACGACAAGAGAGUCGCAACAAAAACGCCAUUUUCGAAAGGCAAAUCAGCUGCUUAUGCGGGUCCAAGAGCACUGAAAGCGCCAACGCCGCGGCGGACGGAGCCCCGGCCGACGGCUGGUCGAAAACGAAAGGAAAUGCGAAAGGAGAGAGCGAUUAACAGGCUACGGGAGAAAGGUGUUAAUAUUGAUGAGGUAGGGGUGUUUAAAGCUUUAGUUACAUAACAUAAAAUGUCAUGAACUUUCUUUACAGAACAUAAAAAGUCAAGAAUUUUUUUUCUAAGGCAUAAAAUGCCAAGGACUUUCUUUACAAAACAUAAAUAGCAAGAACUUUCUUUACGAAAUAAAAAAUGGCAAGAACUUUUUUAACAGAGCAUAAAAUUGGCUUAUUUGAAAUGAUUCGAGUUAUUAUAGUUUACAUAUAAAAGUAUUUAUAAGUAACCUUACUUUUGCAGUACCAAAGAAGCCGCUUGGAGCAAGAAAACGCACGCCAGAGAACGCUGGAAGACUACCUAUGUAAUCAUCAAGACGGAUGGAGACAUAAACUUGAAGUGAGUAUGAUGAUUUAAUUUUAGACCGGGCUUUUUGGCAUGGUUUAUACGACGAAUACUGUCUAAAAGAAUACAUAUAUAUCUAUGUUACUAUUUUUCUUUUUAAAAAUGUCAAAAAGUCUUAAAAUGUAUUUUAACAUAGUUUUUACUAACAAACUCUACUAUUUUAUGGCAUUUCAGCUACGAAUAGUGACAGAAGGAACGAAAGAAUUUUCCGAAUCGUUCGAAGAAAGCUUUAAUGUAUACAGAAAGUACCAGAAUCAUAUUCACAAUGAUCACGAUUGCACCAGAAAGGGCUUUCAAAGCUUCCUCAUUGAUAAUCCGUUUGUUCCACGAGAGUACGGAGAACUAUAUCCAGGAGGUCCGUCGGAAGGCGGACAACAUAUUCAAUACCUAAUUGAUGGAAAGAUUGUGGCAGUGGGCGUGGUGGACAUAUUGCCUUAUUGCUUGUCUUCAGCCUACUUUUAUUACGAUCCGGACUAUCAGUUUUUGAAUUUUGGGACUUAUUCGGCUUUGAGGUAUGGCUUGGAUGAUUUAUGUGGUUUAGGGAUAGAUUUUUUGGUGUAUUUUUAUAUUAAAACUUUUUUUUUAAAAAAUUUAGUAUUGGAAUAGCCUCUAAUUUGGUUUUAAGGUGUUAAAAAGUCUUGUCGCUUUUUUAUUUCCAAGUAAACAAAAAUCAACGACAAGACUUUUCUUAAAAUUUUGAUUUAAGAAAAUAUUGAUAAGUUGAUCAAAAGUAAUUUGACACUAGGUAUAAUUAUGACUUUUUAGAGAAGUCGAGCUGACACGCCAAAUCUGUCGUUACAACCCACAUUUUCGAUAUUAUUAUAUGGGAUACUACGUACAUAACUGCCGCAAAAUGCGUUACAAGGCUGCAUUCAGGCCAAGCGAACUGCUAUGCAACAAAACUCAUCAAUGGGUAAGACUUUGAACUUUAUUUUGUGAAGGAGAGGAGGUUCAUCUCUGCCUGUGGACCAAAAAAUUUUUUUUUUAUUUUUACAUGUCUUCCUCCUCCCCUUCCUAGAAGAAAAACUGUGGCUAUGUUUCUGGCAAUAUGCGCCUUGGUAGAAGCUUGUUUAAUAAGUUUUUGCUAUUUCCAGGUCUCACUACCAGAGUGCCUUCGAAUGCUGGACCAAAACGAAGGUCGCUACACGACCUUCGUAGACGGCCCAGCGGCCAAUCGCGACGGAACCUUAUCAGAUGUGCAACCGAUCAAAUACGAAUUCGAAAACUUUGAGAAGGUGGAACCGACGGACGAACUCGCUGAAAAACUCGAACCUUUAGUCAAAUACCUAGGCAAAAAUUGCAACCGGUUUUAUGUUAUAGUAUGA